AGUCCAGCUCACGCUUUCAUAUCACAGUUUUGGGCAGCUGUUUUUUCCUUGAAUGGAGAGCUCAGCUGAGUAAGCAGCAGAUGUCUUUGUCUUCAAACGGUGGACGGGUUUGAGGAAACGAUGUCGUCGCGUUUAACUACCCGGUGAAUGAGCGGGUAGUCAGCCAAUGAUCCUGCUGAGUGUGUCCUGUCACUGACAGCUUGUCAGAUUAAGCACGGACGUAUGGCCCUGCUCCCCAGCUAGCCGGGACAACGAUACAACACAAGCAUCAUGUUUCUGAAAUCAUCAUUCACCACCCUGGUCGUGGGGGUAUUUGUGGUGUACGUACUCCACACCUGCUGGGUGAUGUACGGGAUAGUGUACACGAAACCCUGCGACAGCCACAGAGGUGACAACUGUAUCACGCCCCUCCUAGCGUCAAAUCCGAAGCUACAGUUGAGCAUCUACACUACACUGCAGCCCAAUGCUGAGGGAGGACAUACCAUGAUCCACAGAGAGGAUAACUUUGAUGUCAACAGCAAGUUUGAGAGGAUAGUAAAUGUCUCCCUCCCUAAGAAGACUCGUAACAAUGGAACUUUAUAUGCACUUAUAUUUGUCCAUCAUGCUGGUGUCACUCCAUGGCAGGAUCCACGGCAGAUCCACUUGGUUGCUCAGCUGACCACAUACAUGGUCCCUAAACCACCUGAAAUCUCUCUGAUAUCCGGGGAGGAUCAAACACAGGGUAAGAAGGAAGAAGCCCUUCAGAAGAAACCGCAUGAUGGGAACCCUGCAGCAGAGAGUGGAACUGGAGCUGGACGUGGACCCACUUCCACACCAGAUCACCCAGUUUCCCACUGGCGUUCCCGCCUGACGUUUAAUAUUGUCAGUGACCCCUUCCAUUUUGACAGAGAAUACCUGCCCAGUGAUGUCCACAGAUACCUCCGAGUAUUCCAAAAUGGUAAGAAGAUGGUGUAUCUACCUCUGUUGUUUGUCGAUGAGCUCAGCAACCGGGUCAAGGACCUUGUGGAGAUUAACAAAACCUCAGUGGAGCUCCCUUUGACCAUCUGCUAUGACUCCAUCUCUCUGGGGAGACUACGAUUCUGGAUUCACAUGCAAGAUGCUGUUUACUCUCUGCAGCAGUUUGGUUUCACAGAGAAGGAUGCUGAUGAGAUUAAAGGCAUCUUUGUGGAUACCAACCUGUACUUCCUGGCUCUGACCUUCUUUGUAGCUGCCUUCCAUCUCCUCUUUGACUUCUUGGCCUUCAAAAAUGACAUCAGCUUCUGGAAGCAGAAGAAAAGCAUGGUGGGAAUGUCCAGCAAAGCAGUGUUGUGGCGAUGUUUCAGCACUAUAGUGAUUUUCCUCUAUUUGCUUGAUGAGCAGACCAGCCUGCUCGUCCUCAUACCGGCUGGGAUCGGCUCUCUCAUUGAAGUAUGGAAAGUGAAGAAGGCCUUUAAGAUUCAGGUUUUCUGGAAAGGAGGAAAACCAACAUUCCUGUUUGGAAAAUUAGAUGAAUCUGAGAGGAGAACAGAAGAGUAUGACACUCUGGCCAUGAAGUAUCUCUCAUACCUCCUUUACCCAUUGUGUAUUGGAGGAGCUGUGUAUGCUCUAAUAUUUUUACGAUAUAAGAGUUGGUACUCAUGGGUGAUCAACAGUUUGGUGAAUGGUGUAUAUGCCUUUGGCUUCCUCUUCAUGCUUCCUCAACUGUUUGUCAACUACAAGCUGAAAUCUGUGGCCCACCUGCCCUGGAAAGCCUUUAUGUACAAGGCAUUUAAUACUUUCAUCGACGAUGUGUUUGCCUUCAUCAUCACCAUGCCAACAUCUCACAGACUGGCCUGCUUUAGAGAUGAUGUCGUGUUUCUCAUUUACCUCUACCAGAGAUGGCUCUACCCAGUGGACAAAACAAGAGUGAAUGAAUAUGGGGUUUCUUAUGAUGAAACACCCAAAAGGAAGAAUCACAAAGACUAAAGAGGAAAGACAGUUUGGCUUCCAUGAUCUGUUCGUUUGUCUUCUGUCCAGUGGUCACCACUGAUCUCAUCUGGUAUUGUCUGAACUGGUUUGAUGGUCCACGGACACCAGCAUAAAAUGGUUUUGUUUCUGGUCAGUUAGUUGUAAAUGGAACAGGUGCAUCCACAUCCCUGUGGUUUUUGAUUUUUCACCCUGACCCAUAAUGCAAAAUGUUGAAAGGUCGAUAUCUGCAUAUUUAACAUUUGCAGACCAGAGAGUUGUUUUGUUUUGUUUUGCGGUGUGUGUGACCAGAAAGAAGGAUCAUUAAGCUCAACCUGUCAAACCGACACAACUACCUGGAAAAAUGUGUUUGUGCUUGGUGUAAACAACCGGCACUCUGUUUGCAACCCAAGUCUACUGCUCUGUUCGAUAUGACAGCGUACACUGACGUCUAUAAUAGAUAUUGGUGGCAACUUUGAGCCUUCUCGGCUGUAAAUUCUGCUCUUUCAUUUUAUCAAACCUUGUGUCAAUCCACAAAACCAGUCACAUUCAUUGUCUGAUGGAAUGACUCCAGUUUGUUCACAUCACUGAUGCCUGGUCUCCAGCUUUGGGUCUCCUCAGAUACAGUACAUCUAGGUGUUGUAAAACAAGAGCUGCUUGGCUCAUUCAUCAAAGCUACAAAAUUCAGCUUCUUGUUUCACACAGGUCAGAUAUUACAGCCAGAGUGACUGAGAAGCUGGGUUUCAUGUCAACUCAAGAUGAGUGCAUCACUACAGAGGGCUAAAAAUUGUGUCCUUUGACAAAUAUAGCACUAUAUUAAUUAAAUUUAUUAUUUUAGUGCUGACCAGGCAUCUGUAUUUGUUUUUCAUGCACUUCCAGUUUAAUAUUCCACAAACACUGAAGCUGAUUGAUCAGAGUCUCCAGAAAAGUUUAUAUUCCCGGUUGUAAUUAUGAUUCUAGCGUAACUUUUGAAGUGAAAGCUACUUACAAGUUGGAAACCUGUAAUUACAGUAACUUGGAUAUAACAUGGAAGUUGCAUUUAAAACAAGGGUCCAGUACUGAAAUGUAUAAUAAGAGGAUGUAUUGUUAGCUAAGUUGAAUAUUCCUAAUGCAGAAUUUGAGUGCUCUUCAAGAAGCUAUAUGAAAUUAUGCUAAUUAUCUUUAAAUAUUGUUCACUUAAAAAAUACUAGUUUGCUAAAUUUUUAUCCCAAAUUAUCAUAUAGACAGAUAACAUGUGUUACCUAGGACCAAUUCCAGAUCGACAGACGGUUUAAAUUUUUUUAGUUGCAGUGGAUGACGGAGGAGGUUACCACUGAAAGCCAUAUUGUCAUUCCCAUUUAUUCUAGUUGUGUAAUUUUACCUGCUCGAGUAUUUUUUACAUAUCAGGGCAAAGAAAGUAUGUUAGUGCCAAAUGAGAGGAUGAUUCUUUGAAUUGUUUGAGCUUUGUAUGUUCACCAUAAGUGGUCCAUCUGAUGUUUUUAACUAGAGACUUUGGGGGAAACAUUAAGGGCAAGACUUAAGGAAAGUAUUACAUCUGGAUUCAUAGUCACUUUUUUUUGCCGGUCCAGAUAUCUUAGUUGUGUACAAAGAUCCUGCACAGAUUUUUCUUUUCUCUGUUGUAAGUGCUGCCAGGAGCGAUUUGCCAGAAAUCUGUCUUGAAAUUGUUUUACUUGUUGUAAUGGUUGGGGUUUUGAUUGUGAUUAAAUAAAACUGACUGA